AUGUCUAUUCGCGUGAGCAAGCUGAGCAAGUUGUGCGGGAAUUCGAAACGCGAACAACAAGCAAGUACUCCUGUUAUAAAUCUAGGUCGUCCUUCGGCAGAACAUGCAGGUACGUAAUCAUCAAUAAUUCAUGCGAUUAUGAAAGUAUAAAGCGAUAUUUACCGAAGCGUACCGCGUAUAACGCUUCGAAAUUUCGUCUACAGAUUUAUGUAAAUCUAAACACCGAGUCCGUUGGGAAGAUGGUAAUAAAGACGCUUGUACUCGGAUGGGAUUUGAUGGUGUUCCGUUUAUAAUACUGGACUCCAAGAUUCUUGACUGCCAGCAUGGUGUUGACCGGCACAAUUAUAGGAAAACGAAAGCACAAAGUGACGCGGUAAGUCAGUCUAUACUGUCGCAAACACUGUUCCAUAUCCAGCUAUGAUCCAGCCGGUUUCAUCAGCCGGUUUAAAGCUAAAAAUAUAAGAUCAUGGCCGUCGUGGUAACUGCUAAAUAGGAGGAGGGGGGGGCGAAAUCCAAAAUUUCCCGACCUCUCUCCCCCCCCCGAAAAAAAAUUCCGAUAAAUCUCAAAUUGUGGGGGGGGGGGGCAUUGGUUUAAAUAAUAUUAAAUUAUAAAAAAGGGCAAUUUUUCCAUAUAAUGUUAUAUUGAUUAAGUACAACUGAUACGCAGAACAAACUUUAAUUAAGUGGGGUUUUUUUCCAUUUUAUACAUAGGUCAUAGCUCUUUUGUCGACGGUUUUUUUAGCUUGUUACACAUAAUUCAUUAUUUCAGUUUUUUACCUUUGGUAGCAUCGUGACCAUGAUUUCAAGAAACGAAGAUUCCGCGUCCAAGGGACAAAAAAGUUUGGCUGCGAAGCAAAAAUAAAUAUGCGCGAGGUGAUCAAGUUCCCACAGUUUGCCAUUCCGGUAUGUGUGAUUGCAUUGCUGAGUAUUGAAGAUCCAGGACAUAUAGCCUUUAUAGGUGAAUAUUUGAAAAGCUCUAAACGGAAUUACGUUUUCCACAGAUCUACGUAAAUUUAUUUUUAGAUUGAAAUUGACUCCAGAAAAAGACGAGAUGUAGCCGCAGCGAAAUUGAAGGAAGCGCUCCAAGAAAAUGCCAAUCUGGGAGAACGGAGGAUUUAUAUGUAUUUGCCUCCUGCGGACCAUACAACCCAUUUGAAUGGCGAG